AUGGCUACCUCAGCCAAACAUUACUUCUCUGUCUUCUUCUUCCUCCUCUUCCUCUUCUCCACUUCUUCUCUAGUCAAAGCCAGAGAGAGCAAGUUCUUCAGCAAAAUCACUCACAAAAAUGUAGUCCAGUCCAAUGUCGAUCCACAAACCAAACUCCCUGCAGAGUUAUCACCGUCAAAAACUGUAGUACUCUCUCCGUCGUCGUCGCCGGCGCCGGAAACAGUAGUUGAGGUUCGUUCUCCGGCCCCUAGUUCAGUUCCGGACGAGAAGGAAAAUGGGUAUGGCUUGUAUGGUCACGGAGUGGGGUAUAACGAACAGUAUAGCUCCAAGAAGGAGAUUCCGAGCACCACCGGCGCCGGCGCUAUUGUCGGGAAUGAGCUUCUGAGCGAGGAAUUCGCCGAAGAUGAGUGGCCAGAGAGUGAAGAAGUUGAUGAGAAUGAGGGCGAGGAUGAUCGAAGAGAGGAGAGUGGGAAAUAUUUCAGUACUGGUCCCGUGACCAAAAACUACCACUAUGGAACCAACGGCUACGAUCAGAUCAAGCCCAGUCAGCAGCAAGGGAUGAGUGACACGAGGUUUUUGGAGAAUGGAAAGUAUUAUCAUCAUACGGCUGAGAAGAACACUAGGUAUGUGUUUGAUUCCAUGGAAGAGUAUGAAAAGUACCAAGAGAGCCGAGGAUAUGAACCAUGA